AUGGCCUUCAAAGAGGGCUCAUUGGCCCAGCAGUACUUUGUUAUUGUUACGGCCGUUUCAUCUUACUGGUAAAUAGAUUUAAAGUUUUAUUGUUUAUCUUUUUACUAUCAUAAUUUGUUUAAAAAGCCUUUGUAUGUCUUGUUUGAUGAGUAAUGAUGCUUAUUUUUUAGGGUUUGCUCGAUUGGUCUAGUCUUUUUGAACAAAUAUUUAUUAAGCAGUCCAUCGUUAAAGGUAUGUGAUCCUUGUAUAUUAUACUUGAUAUUUAGCUUGAUGCGCCGCUUUUCGUAACAUGGUUUCAAAGUUUAAUGACAGUGGUCCUUUGUUAUUCAUGUUCUUGGAUUUCCAAAACGGCUCCUCAUUUAUUGAAAUUCCCUUCGAUGACAUUCGACCAGAAGAUUAGCAGAGAUGUUCUUCCUCUAUCUUUCAUCUUUGUUGGGAUGAUUACCUUUAACAACCUUUGUCUGAAAAACGUUGGAGUUUCUUUUUAUUAUGUGGGCAGGUCGUUAACCACCGUGUUCAACGUUGUUUGUUCUUAUCUUAUCCUGGGGCAUACAACUUCAAAGAAAGCACUGCUUUGUUGUUCCAUAAUUAUUGGUGGAUUCUUUUUGGGAGUGAAUCAAGAAGAUGCUGCUGGUAGGGUUGUGAUCGAAGAAUGUUAUAUUUUAGGUUCCCUCUCCAUCUCCGGUGUUGUUUAUGGAGUUCUGGCGUCUCUUUUCGUGGCCUUGAAUGCCAUCUAUACCAAGAAAACUCUAAAGAACGUCGGUGAUUCAAUCUGGCGAUUGACUAUGUACAAUAAUCUGAAUGCCUUUUUCAUUUUCUUGCCUUUGAUGUUGUUCAGCGGAGAAUUAGGAGUCGUUCCUUAUUUUGAAUACAUUGGAACCGUGUACUUCUGGGCUAUGAUGUCCCUAUCCGGAGUUUUUGGGUUUGUGAUGGGAUAUGUGACCGGAUGGCAGAUCCAGGUAGGUAUUUUUAGCUUUAAUGACUGUCAGUUGUGGUCAGUCAUGUUAUUACUUUGAGUUUAGGUGACUUCAGCGUUAACGCACAAUAUUAGUGGCACAGCCAAGGCGGCGGCUCAAACAGUGAUGGCUGUCAUUAUAUGGAUGGAGGAGAAGCCAUUCCUUUGGUGGAUCUCCAACAUUGUAGUUCUGGUCGGGUCUGGUGCCUACACUUAUGUACAAAAGAAAGAUUUGGACAAGAACUUCAAAGAAAGACAAUCGAGCCAGGCAGAUCGGGAAUCUCUCCUCUCCCGAGAUGAUCGACGACAGAAUCAGCAGUCUGUGUAG